AUGGCCGACAGCAUUGACUUGGAAGGCGUUAAAAAUGCGAUAUCUGAGUCUAAUCGCAUAACGACAAGCCUUUCACCAAACAGGUUGGUGAAGAAUCAGGCCCAGGAAAUGGAAAAAGAUCUUUAUCCUGAGUAUGAGACAAACGGUAGUUCGAAUAUCUCGGCAACUUCAUAUAAUAAUGAGUCUUUCUUUACCUCUUUCAACAACCUCUUUAAGGCUUUGAUUUCGCCAGCAUCAUCGGUGGCCACGCAUACUACUUUUUUUAAGCCCCGUGAGAAGUUGACUUACUCAAGAUUAGUCGAGUUUUACAUCUACCACUUUGUCUUGACAAUGAUAUACCUUGUUAUGACCUUUAUUAGGGCAUUUCAGUUUGUGAGUAAUAAGACAAAGCUCAAGUUUCUUUCCUUGGCCUACAACCCUGCGGAAGAUCCAGAGGUGAUAAAUCACGAUAUUAAUAAAUUGGCCAAAAUCCCACGGAGGGUGUCGGUUAUUCUUAACUAUAAGCCGGAGCAAGAGGAAAAUGGUGGUGUUGAGGGCUUGUGUAAUGAUGUGUCCAAAAUCUCUACUUGGUGUCUAUCUAGUGGAAUUUCCUAUCUUUCCGUCUAUGAGUAUCAUGGUGUGCUCAAGAAGCGAGUUCCCGAGUUACGUCGUGCAGUUUUCAAGAAAUUCACCGCAUAUUUUGGUACUGAGAACGUUCCAAAUUUCGUCAUCAAGAUUCCACAUCUUAACUUGAGUUAUACUGGAAGUAUUGAUGGCAAACUUAUAGAAGAUGAAGCUUAUAUUAAGGAAUUAGAUUUGAGCGAUACAAAGCCAACAUAUGACAUCGAGAUCACACUUUUGAGUAUGGUGGAUGGCAGACCUACAAUUGUGGAAUUGACCAAGGUUAUGGCCGACCUUGCAAAAAGAGGUGAUUUAAAGGCGCACAACAUCACUCUGAAGUUUGUGGAUCAAGAGCUUCAACAAUUGGUUGGUAAAGAGCCGGACCUUGUCAUAAUGUUUCAGCCAUUUUUGAAUUUACAAGGAUACCCUCCCUGGCAAAUACGUCUCAGUGAACUAUAUUGGGAGCCUGAUAAUGAUAGUAUUGGUUACGCCGUAUUUUUGAGAGCUUUACAGAAAUACUCGACCUGCAAGAUUAAUGUCGGGCGUUAA